AUGUUUUCUCACGAGCGUCAAUUUCGUGAGUCAUUUCAAAAUUUUGGAGAUGAAUCUCCGAAAAAGAAUAAUUUUAAUUUCAAAACUGUUAACCCAACUCCUAAUGGUGUUCGCGCUAAAAUUGAGAUAUGGUUUCAUUCAUUGCUAUUAAAAAGGAAACUUGUUGCCAGUAUUGGGAUCGCAUUUUUAGCUUCAAUAACAUUAUUUAUCCAAACAAUCAUUACAGAAUUCAAUGUUAUCAAACCUCUGACGUCAUUGGAACUAAUUUUUUCUAAUCUUUUUACUUUUUCAUUUUGGUUUAUCUUAGCAAUUCAAACAACAAUUAUUUUUGGACUUCUUUUUGCCAUGUCUCAUCUUGUUAUGUCUGUUAGUGCUCCAGAUACUUUAAGAAUGGAUGAUGGAAUUAGUGUAAUAUUUUGUGUUUCUCUUGUUGUUGGAGAGUGUUUAAAUGUUUUUCUAACAUUUCUAAAUGCAUAUGAUUAUGAAUCAAAACAAGAUGAUGGAGAAAAUUUGGCUUCUGCUAGAUUUACAUACCACAUUUUUGCUUUAAUAUUUGUGUGUACAAAUUUUGUUUUUUCAACAAAUUUUCGCUAUUGUUUUGCUGAUGAUGAUAUACCUUUUCAAAAUGUAAUAUUAUCAAUUUUAAUGCCAUCUACAAAAUCAAUAUAUACCUAUAAAUAUCAAGAUGCACUUAAAUCUUUUAAGAGAGCUACACUUCUAUGGUUAUUUUAUCAUAUAAUUGUUGAUUUUUGGAGCAUUAAAUAUCUCUUCACAACAGGAAUUCUUAUAUACAUUGCAUUAGUAAUAUAUAGAAUACACUUAGUAUAUAAUUUUGCUGUUGAAGUUAUCAACUUGAUUGUCAUGCAACCUUAUAAAUUUGAGAUGCCUUCUAUUUAUAACAUAACAGAACCAAGUGAGAAACAGUCUCGACAUAUCGUAAAUAUAUUUAAUUGCUCCGAUUUGAUGAUGAAAUUUUUUGCUCUUUAUGACAUUCGUUUUAUUGCGGAAAAAGACUAUAAAAGAAGGUGUGAAAUAUUUCAACUUAGUAUACCCGGAAAUUAUCCAAGAAAUUGGAAUUCUAUUAGAAACAUUUGUUUGGAAAUUAUUAAUUCAGUCAAUAUGGCAAUAAGUAAUGCCAAUGAUAUAAUUCAUACAACUAAAAUGCGUGAUGCAGCACAUUUGUACGGGGAUCCAUCAUCAAGAUUUAGGCAAACUAUGGAAUUAAGAGAUUUAAAAAAUGUUAGUGAUUUAAGAUUAAGACCACGUACUUCAAUUAGAGGUGAAAGAUUUUUUGAUUCUAAUGAUAGUAGAGUAUAUGAAAAUAUUCAUGAUGGAAAGUUAAAUAGAUUAAAUAAAAUAACAGAUAGUGUAAAAAAUUUUGUUAUACCACCAGUGAAAUUUAUCCUUCCAGCAGAUGGUAUAUUAGCAAUGUAUGCAAUAGAAUCAAUUGCAUUAAUUAUUUCACAAUCAGUUGAAGAAGAUGAAUUUGGUUCUGUCCAAAGUGACAUCAUUUUUGUGGUACGUGAGAUGUUAAAAUUUUAUGAGAGUCUGAAGAAAUAUUCAACUUAUAAGCAUAUAUUACCUUCAAAAUACAAUACAGAUGAUGAUGAGAUUGUUAAAAAUUUGCAAACUGCUCUUCAGCAUUCUAUAGUAAAAAUUCUCUCACCAUUUAUGAAUCUCAUUGAAAACUUUAGUGCGGAUGAACAAGAAAUUAUAGAACAAUUAUUUUAA